AUGCAAUCAUUAUCCUAAUCACACAAGCACGCCAUCAUAGAGGACAUGCUUUGGAAAUAUUCCUCUCCUGAUUUGUUCAUCCAGGGCUCAGAACCAAUCGACUUUGAUUCCCAUUUCAUUUGCUACUCUUUCACAGAAUUCGACCAAGAAGCCCAACAAAUAACCCAAUAAACAGACACCUUGAGAACAGUGGUGCUGUUCGAGAAUUCAAACUCAAUACCACUUGCCCUGUCCAGUGCUCUCAGAACCAUGUUGAAAGGAGAAUAAGCAUUUUUCGAACUUAGCGAAGUGUACGCUCUCACCUAGAAAGAGAUCGACUGCCUAAUGGAAGAUUUGACACCCUUGAAAAUGUAGAGGAGACAAUAUUGGCUAAUAAAAAUAGAGAAUUCCUUUGAGUAUCUGGGAAUCAAUUCAUUGAACUAGCAAUAAAUAGAAUAAUACAUAGAGGAAGUUAGGAAGUAUGCUGGAUCGAUAUUUCAACAAUCCAAUUAUCGUUCAGCAAUCUCCAUCUACGAAUUGAUUGGUAGGAUAAAAGUGGGAGAGCAUUCGAAAAAGAUUUUGAAGGAAAUAAGCAAGUCCUUCUCAAACAGAGCAGUUUGCUACAUUAAAUUAAAGGAGUGGGGUAUGGCAGAUUAGAUGUGCGACGAGGCUUUUAGCUUUGAUAAUGAAAACGAAAAAGGUAGGGCAUCUGAAGUAAAGUAGCUCUGUUGA